UAAGGUUCAGUCGGGGAACGGGAGGCCUAAGAUGUCCAUGAAGUUCUGUCCCUGCCCGAUGACACCCGAACAAUUCACCUUCGGCCAACUUUGGGUUUAUUUAUAUAUAUUUAUAUUCCUCUGUUUAUUUUAACGUAGCGAUACUAACCUAACUAACCGUCCACAGUGUUUUAAUGUAGCUAACCUAACCGACCACAUUUAAUAUUUGAAUUCAUUUUUCCUGCACAUAAAUAAAACAAAUCCCGAAGUUGGCCGAAGGUGAAUUGUUCGGGUGUAAUCGGGAAUGGCAGGACUUGAUAUGCAUCUUAUAUCUCCCGUCGGGGGAACAGCUGACCGAGUGCGCUAUGCUGCUAGCCCGCGAUGUUCGCUUGUUCCGGUUCAUCGCGCUUUCUGGGCGCACGAGAAAUGAGGUACUCCGAGGACGCAGAGCUUCAAUCAUCCGUUUUAAAGGAGCGCGUAAGGAAUAUAACUAGCUCCGAGAUAAAGGUGUCACAGAACAGAUCGUGAUGUUGGCAGAAAUGUAGAGCAGUCGAGGAAGGCUAGCACAAAAAUGACGUGAGCCGACAGGCGCCCGGCCGCACUAGCCAUGUUCAAGGGGCGCGGCUCCAAGAAGGCGGCGCCGCGCUCUCGCCUGCUGCGGGAGCGCGCCAACAUGAGCUUCUUCAUCGUGGUGGUGUUCUUCGCCGUGUUCGGCAUCAUCGUGCUCACCGAGAUCUUCCUGAUCGACGAGCGGGGGCGCGGAGCCGGCGUGGUGGUGGCGCACCGCAGCGGCGCGGGGGCCUACCGCCGCCGCGGCCAGGGCGACCGCCCCGACUACGAGGACUCCCAGGGCUUCCUGCAGGCCGAGGACUACCUGGUGUACCGCGGCGCCGGCUUCGACGACAGCCUGGGGCUGUUCGUGCGCGAGGAGCGGCCGGGGGCGGCGGGCGCCAGGCCGCCCCUUGACGCCGCCGCCGCCGCCGCGGGGGCGGGGCCGGGAGCGGGCGGACUGCCGGCGGCCGUCGAGUCCCGGCUGCCCGGAGUGGCGACCAACCUGACGGCGCGCGACGGCGCGUGGCAGGUCGUCUCCGGCACCAGGUACAAGUUCUUCGUGUUCAGCGCCUUCUACGACCGGCGCGAGGAGAAGUGCGUGCGCGUGAUCGGCGCCACCAAGACCCGGGGGCCGGAGCGGGUGUGGUGCCGGCUGUGGUACCCGGCCGCCAACGGCUCCUCCGCGCACUCCGUGUCCGUCGCCGCCAAGGUCAAGGUGAUCCGCGAGAACUGGAACCUCAAGUACAGCGCGUGCUUCGUGCUGUGCCCGCUGCGGGGGAACCUGACUGCGCCCGCCUCCGUGUCUGUGGUGAGCCGUCUGCGCGCGGCGCCGGCCAACCGCCUGUCUGUGCGCGGCGCAGAGUCCCGCGCGGGCAACUCCAGCGCUCCGGAGGCCUCCGUCGCCGUCUGCGUCAAGCCGCUUCACUUCACCUACAACCAGCCGCUGCAGAUGCUGGAGUUCCUGGAGCUGUACGGCCUGCUGGGAGUGCGCCACUUCACGCUCUACAACCACACCAUCGGGCCGCAAGUGGCCUGCGUGCUGGAAGACUACGUGUCGCGCGGCACCGUCACCUUGCUGCCCUGGCAGCUCAACAUGGCGUCGCAGAAGGAGAUCCGCACCGAGGGCUUGUUCGCGGCGCUCAACGACUGCCUGUACCGCAGCAUGCACCGCUACUCGUACGUGGCGCUGGUGGACCUGGACGAGUUCAUCGUCCCGCGCCACAACGACACCCUGCAGGACCUCAUCAGGUGGCUGGGCAGCCGGCUCAACACGAAGAACACCGGCUCCUACUCGUUCCAGAACGCCUUCUUCUACCUGCAGUGGGGGGACGAUGGAACGGCGCUGGCGUCGGGCGACCCGCUGGAGCGCAGCCUCGUGACGCUGCGCAAGACGCGGCGGCGCGCCAAGCUGCACCCGCACAAGCAGCGCUCCAAGUACCUGUGCCGGCCCGAGCGCGUCGUCGAGGCGGGCAACCACUUCGUGUGGGAGUUCGUGCCCGGCCACGGCACGCUCAACGUGCCUCCCGACGCCGCCAUCCUGCACCACUACCGCGUCUGCGAGUUCGGCGGCGACGACUGCGUCAAGACGGCGUCCGCGCUCGACCGCACCGCGCACCGCUACCGCGCGCCGCUGCUGCAGCGCGUGGCGGCCCGGUGGCGCCUGCUGGGGCGGCGCUGCGGCCUGCCCGAGACUCCGCCGGCGCCCGGCGCCUCGGCCACCGCCCCCGCCGCCACCCCCGGCAGCUAGCGGCCCCGCGCGGCUGCCCCCGCGGCGCCACCGGGCCGCCACUGACCUGCGGCCUGCCGCCUCCACGGAGACAACCCUGUAGCGUGGAUCUCAGUGUCGACAGCUAGGUUGGCAAGCAUGCAGCUGACGCGCGCACCUCGUGGCGGAUGGGUGCAAGGACAGGAGGAAGGAAAACAAAAUAAAGGGCUUCCCAAAGGGCGGGCAGGCAAUGAGACACUGCGCGAGGCAGACAGACACACUGUUGAUAGAUGGAGCCAGGACGGAUGCGGAAACGUAGGAUGUGGCCACUCGGAUAACGACUCGGUGCUCGUAGAGCUCGUUAAAAAUACACCCGUUUCACACGAGCGAAAUCUACAUUCAGUUUAUUACAGACUAAAAAAAAAAAUUUCAAGUUGUAUGCUGUGCGAAGGCAAAAAAAUAUACAUACAUGAAUCAUUUUUUACAGCCACUAGCCUACACGUAACGAAUAAUUAAAAAAUCUAAAUUAAUACAAAUGUUGUGUAAAAAAUAACUAAUUAUAUAUAUUGUUUUUGGAGCACGUAACUCUGGUUAGCUGUUCAUUAACAAUAUAGUUUAUUUCACAAAUUUCCGUUUACUCAUAAUUACCACGCUCUGUGAACGUUCCGUUCCUUGCACGAAAACACGAACGUGAAUUACAGCGAAAAUAAUUCCAUUAAUUUACUUUUUUUAAAGAUAAUCCGAUGGCUGCUGUUUGUUCGUUUAGACUUUUUGUAUUCAAGAUAGAGGGUGCAUACACUAACAUGCUGUUUUCGCACCAUCGUCGUCCUAGCGAUUACUGAACCGGAAAGUCUUUCAAAUGCAGGAACAGGAAGUCACUUAGCUGAAAGUCUGAUAUGUAAAGGGGAUAUCAAACAACAAGUUAAUCGGGGCCUGUAUUAACUGGAAACAUUAUUUUAUGCUGAUGGUAUAGAAAAGACUGUCUUAGGUUAGAUGCGCCAUCGCCAUCAUUGGUGAAUAUUAUGCGGAAAAUAGUUUACGUUUGUUAUUUCAUUAAAUUUAUUGUUAUUUGAAUUUUUAAAAAAUAUAUUGUACUUAUACGUAGCUAAAAUACUAUCUAUUUUUGAACACGUUUCAUAUUUCCCGUCUUAAAAAGAACAGUCCUGUUUAAGUGGCUACAUUCUAUACUUUUCUUACAGCUAUGGUGUCACAGUCAUCAUAAAUUAAAUAGAAAAUGGUUUGAAAUGUUUGUAAAAAAUAAUUUGCGUGAACAGAGGAAGAUUGCACUAACAAUAAAAGCACGUAAAGUUUCCGCCAUCCAUGUCCGUGUGCUUGCGAAUCCUCGUCAUUGUAGAACAGGCCUAAGUGCGGAGAAUAAGUGUGCGCGCGCGGAAAUAAAUGAACAUCACAUAUCAUAGCUAAGAAGACAAAAUUGUUCUCGGAACAGCAUUAUUUGCAGAAAGAAGAUACAAACUAUUUUAUAUUACAUGAAUGACUUUCAUAAAGUAUUAUACCACGUAUUCGUACACAUGAAUAAUUGGAAAAGUUUCAAAGACAAGAAAUAUUUUAAUCCUACGGUAGCUAGUACGUACUUUUAAAAACUACUCACAAUGGACGAACUUAUGGACAUUUGUAUGUUACGUACCAAUCACGAUUCUCUUCUGUGUGCCAGCGUUUUGCAUCUGCAUACUAUGCUCAUGUUUUUUUCUUAUGAAAAUACUGUUACCAGUGAGUUUAUUUUUAGUAUUUUGUUUUCAGAAGGAUAAUGCUUGAACUGCACUUUCCUUUUCCCUUCGUAACAUUUUGGUAUCUACCUUCAUCACAAGGAAGAUAGCACAAUCUCAACACCCUACUGGUUCUACAAAUAAUGAAAUUCAAACAAUCUCCAAAAAAAUUGCAAAAUUUUUUUGCACGAAUCUAGCCAAAACGUUCAGCUAAAUAAAACAAAAUUAACUAGUAGACAACUGAUAAAUCUGCUGUGUCAAAAUGGGUAUUCCUUUAAAUCGAAAUCGACUUUCGCUACCAUGAAUUACCAAAUUUAUAUUACUAAAUAUUUUCUUAAAAAAGACAUAAAAUGUAUAUACUGCAAAGAAUAUAAUAUGGCUACAAACAUCAAAUUACAAUUGAUGACCCGAGAUGUAACUAUAAUAACAAAUUCUGAAAUAAUUACAAAAUAAUAUCAUUAAAAAAUAUAAAUACAUAUCAAAAUUUAUAAUGCAUUAAAGAUUCAUAUACAUAAUUAAACUUAAACUGAUGGCAUUUCAAAAAUUACUAAAAUUACUAGCUCGCAUUAAAAAAAAAACACUUUACAAUUUAAAAAUAUAUUUUACUCGAGAUUAUAAUUUGUAUUAUUUUUUUUCGGCACAAAUUUGGGGAGUGCGUGAACCAAUUAUAAAAACGUAUUUUAAACUUACCUUUAUACUUCAAUGACAGUUGAAAACCUUCCAAGUCAUUCUUGUCGCGAGCGCAAAAGAAUAUAGAAAUUCGUAUAAAUUAUGCUUCAAAUUUUGGUGACAACGUUUUCCAAAGUGUUAAAUUUCUCGUGGAUAACUUCGUUGAUUAAUCUCAUUAACCACCGGUGUCAAACCAAAAACAAGGUACCCUUAAAAUUUGCCCAUUUCAGAAACUUGCAAAAUGCGUGAGAAAAUAGCCUUUAUACUCGCAAAAGGCAUAACUAAAAACAUAAAUCCUAUAAUGAUGUCGCAAACGUUCACACCAACACCAUAAAAAAAAAAUCAGAUCAAAGAAGCUACUUACAGUUCUCGUCGAUGUUGAACGAGGCACUCGUUAGCUAGAGAAAGAAGCAUUCAGAUUUGAUGCCAAUGAAAAUGUAAGUUUUCAACCGUUUUAAGAAUUAAGCUCCCUGAACCCGCCACCGAGCAAACGUGCUCCAGGUUUUCGUCGGAGCGCCGAGUCUAUGGCACUUCACUCAAGUCCGCAGCGCGCGGUUCGCUAGCACGUGUUGUGCGCCAGUGGUGCAGUUCGACUGGACAGCUGUCGUGACGAGCCGUCAGACUUCCUGCCCGCUCGCAGGUGUGUCUCUCCUGCACCCUCUCAGAGGUGCCAACUGUCGCAGAACCCGCCCAGUGCUGAUACACUCGUCCGCCGCUCCCCGCGCAACUACACAGCUCUGUAUAUUUUUAUUAACGUUAAAACGGAAAUUAAUAAAACCUAAGCUUUUCAAAAACUAAACUUAAAACUAAACUAAAAUUUACAUUACAAUUUUUAAAUACUUUUAUAAAGCAUAAAAAAUAUUAAAAACGAAUAAAUAACAACUAAUAAAAUACCCAAAAUAAAUUACUGACAGCCAAAUUUUUAACAAAAAAAAAUCUUUAAAAGCAAACGGCCUUAAACAACUAACGGAAACAUUUUGGCAUGAGGCUUUGCUACAACUUUUUGUGCAGAGUUAUUUCACCGAGCUUCAAAUACAAGAUCACUGUUCGAAACAAAAAAAAAAAAAAGGCUUUUGAAAUUGUAAUUUUUAUGACUAAGUUUUAAGUUCUGAACACCAAAGUUCCACUGUGUUUUAAAUUAUUUAUAGUUACGCAACCAAUGCGUAUCCAUGAAUAAUGAUGCCAGGUACAAAUUAACUCAAUUUUGUCGACCGUAAGUCUAGGGUGAUAUGAGUUUCACUUAAGUAUUAUAGCUUAAAUACGAAGUACUUUAAAACCUUGCAAUUUCAGCCCUUUACUGCUAUUGCAGUCUGCUCACAAGCUAUUAUAAUGGUUGACACUGCGAGGCUAACACUUUUCAAGUACUGAGAUUGUUUGUACCUUCUUAGGCUGUUCACGCACAGUGGCGAACGCAGCUCUGAAUUUUGGGAAGGGCGAAUGAUCGAAAAAUUUAAGAUAUGAAAUACCUCCCAAUUACAUAGAAAAUCAGAAAAUUUUAAGAAAAAAAUAAAAGUCUCUUAAACGGUUUUUUUUAACGCGUUUCUAACGUUUAUCCGAUUUUUAAGGGCACACAGUUUAAAAAAAACAACGUACCAAUUUUUUUUUUUUAAUUGAAGACACUUCAAAGGUCAGGUUCGGGCUGGAGUAGUAUACAUUUUGUUAUUCAUAAAAAUAAUGUUAUUAGUUUUAAGAGGUGUUAUGGCUGAAAAGGGCGAUCACAAUAGGUGGAGUUUUCAAUCAUCCUGUCUUGUUUGAAAAAAAAAAAAUGUUUAUGGACAUACACCAUUUGCUAGUGUUCGCUGUGUCUCAUAGAGAAACAAUCACAAUAAUGAGCAGAAAAGAUGCAUACGAAAUACACGCAGAAAAAUAAGCCGAAAUCGACUGUUUUCAGCAGGGGGUGUUCACGUCUGCGUGAUUACAUGCUAACUGCGUGAAGCCGAUUUUUUUCGGGAAGCCUUCCUUUCACAGACGAGAGAGCCACAUCCGAAGUUCCCCGAAGUUCCCCGAAGGUUGCUUAGCAAAUAACUUUUUAAUAUGUAGCUAUCCAGGGCUAGGAAACCGUUUACAUGAUUUCACAGUAUCUUAAAUGUAGCUAUCCUAACCAAAUUAACCGUCCACAAUGUUUUAAAGUAUUUAUAAUGUAGAUAACCUAACCUAAUUGACCAUUAGUUAUCAUGAGUUGUCCAAAAUAUAAAAAAACGAAGAUGCACGUUCGGGCGUUUGGCUCUCUCGUCUGUGAAAAGAAGGCUUCCCAUUUUUUUUCCUUGAGCAAAUUGUUCCGCCAUAUUGGUUAAACGUCCAAAAAAUUGUUUGAAGGGUAGUGUUUGCUGUGUGUAAACAGUUUUUAAAUUACUUAUUUUUAUGAAAGGGACUGUUUUUAACGUCGGAGAUUCUAAUCCAUUCUUGCUAACCAUCAUCAGACGUGGUCAAGCACCAUUACCGCAAUGUUUUGGGCGUAAAUAAUAUGGCGGUGGGCGAGGUUAAAAAAGUGACUUCACCUACGUCACGGCAUGCCGUCUCUGGCAAUUCCAAACUCCAUGGGUUUUUAGCUUGUUUUGAUGUGUAUUCUUUGUAUUCGUCUUUCUUGUCCAUUCUUGUGGUAUACAGUGAAAACCAGCAAUGGCAUAUGUCCAUGUAAAUUUUUUAAUCUAUAUUCCUUAUCACAAGAAUCAUAAAAAAAAUUGAUGUUCGCCAUUAAGCAUGCGCACGCAUUUCUCUGAGGACAUCCGGCAGGAAACAAUAUAGUCAUUAAGUACACAUAUGAUUGUUUCCUUGUUGAUCACAUUGGGCACUUAUUUUGUCUUUACGUGUACAAAACACACUCACAGAUUCUAAUUGUACAUGUUUUACAGCAAAAUGCGGUGAGAGAAAGAUAUAUGUGUAUAUAUGUAUAUGUGUAUAUAUAUAUAUAUAUAUAUAUAUAUGUAUGUAUUUAAAAUUAGGCUGAUCCAAAUUUCCCGAGAAAAAAAAUUAAGAGUAAUAUAUUGAUCUCUACGGCCUGGUAAAUAUGGAGCGUUGUAACACGCGUUAGUGGAAUACGUACAUAGGUGUAGAUAAUUGCGUACGCAUGCAUGUCGAGGUACCUAGUGUACAGUAGGAACGUUCAUUUUAACGCGCGCUUUCGUGGAGGUUAAACCUGCUACCACGGAGGAGGCUGGUCAUAUUGAUGUUGAAUAAUUCAUUGGUGAAGUUGAAAAGAGACCGCAUACUUCCCCCGAGGUUCAUUUCUAUUUGCAAUGCCUCUCAAUGGUGUUUCAUAUCGUAUGUGUCCCGCAAUCAAACAGUAUGUUGAAUCCUCUCUUAAAACAGCAUGGGCCCAAUAUUGCCUUUGACUCUGUCUUUAAUAUUUUGUAGCGACGAUAUAGAUGCCAAAGACAUACGAACUCUUCGACUUGUAUCGUGAAACUACAGGCGUGAACACGAGACCGGACGCUUCAAACGCGCGUUUCAACGAUCCAUGUGUACAGGCAUAAAGCUCCAUCGUCAUUGAUCUCUUUCUCAAGUUCAUUGCGCUAUAACACAAUGUCUGCACUCACUAGUUUCAAAAGAAAAAAAAGCGCUUAGCUAAGCUUGUAAUGAUCCCUGUAAAACACUACUAAAAAAAUACUAAAUCAUAUGUAAUGUUUACUGCAUUGAUCAGAUUAAUUAAAAACUGCGAUUGAAUACUCAGUUGUUAUAUUUCAAUAAUUGCGUGCAUUUAAUUACUUUUUUUUAUUUCUUCAGAAAUAGUUGGUAGUUUAUAUUAUCUUUGGUAGUUUAUAGCGAAAAUUAUUCAAAAUUGUAGCGUAGCAUAUUUUUAAAAAGGUUAUCGUUUCUUGUGUUACGGACUGUUUGAAGCCAGACUGGUUGAAUGAUUUUCAGAUUGAAGAAUUAUUUACUUCAAUAUAUAAAAUAAAAUACAUUAGUUAUCAUUUCUAAAGCUGUUUUCAACUCACAAAGAGCAAUGUUUUUUUUUUUAAUGUAGAAGAAACGUACCAACCUUAGCAUUAGCAACAUUAUUUUUUACAAAGAUGGUGCAAGACAAAAAAAAACAUUAAUUAAACUCGACCAAAACUAAUUAAGUAAUAAUAUUUAUAUGUACGCCUGAAUUGUUCCUUGUGUUAAAAUUAAACACACAACUUUCUACUUCAUGCAAUGUUAGUGUGCUUGUAAAUAGCUUACAUUGAAAACAGUGCAAAUGACAAAUUUCACAUAUGAGAUAAAACUUGAUCUUAUUUUUAAUUACUGUUACGUACGAUUAAGUUCCUAAAAUGAAACCAAAGAAAAUAAAUUUACUGAAAUUUUUUAUCUAACUGAUGUUUUGUGUACAUAUCAUUUUCGAAUAAUAAAAUCUAUAAUUAGCUAACAAAAUAUACUCAGAUACCUUUUUAAUAAACAGUAGAAUAUUAUGUUUUACGACACAAUUUUUUUAUUGAUUUUAUAUAUCAUUUAAAUAUUAUGUUUGAAUAUAAUAUGUUAUAGUACUUAAAUAUUGUACGAAUUUGUGUGAGCCACAUACAUUUAAACUAAGAAUGCUAUCAGUAUGUAUACGUGAGGAAGGUGAAAUUUUGUGAAACCUGUGUGGGCUGGAUCUCAGAUGAACAUAGCCUUCCUGCCAAUAAACAUGCGAAAUAAUGAUGUGGAACAAAAUAAAAUAAUUUAAGUUUCAUAAUCAUAUCUCCUAGUUUAAAUUUUUUUAUAUAAAAUGGACAUAAAAGCUUGUUAUAAACUAAAUAACAGUUAUGAUUUAUUUUGUAAAUAUGGAAAAAAAAUUUUUUAAGUAUUCUAGUGGUUACAAGUUUCCAGCAGCAAUCAAAAAAUUGUCAUCAGCGUAUUUUAAAAAUAUAGUUUGUAUAUGUACCUGUUAUUUUUCUAGCGCAUAACUUACUGUCAGCAAGCACCAUAUGUUUUUUUCUUCAUAAUACAUUAUUUAUAGUUUGUACGCACGUGUGUGUAUGUGUGAGGUAAUCACCUAGAAUAUAUACUUGACUGAAAGUAGUUUUUGAAGUGUAGCAAGAAAUAUGAAUUUUAGUAUUUAUGUAUCAUCGACUUUUGUUUGUACAGACAUAAACAUGAUAUUUACGAAGGAGAGUGUUACCAUAGAUUGAUGACAAUAAAGAUGAUGAGUCGUUUGUACUUGAAA